AUGCAAAUGAGAGAUGCCUCGAGAAUAACAAGAAACUCUACCACACAUGGCCAUGAUACCAUUGUGCAGAUCAUGCAUAUUAACCAGCGUAUCCGAAUUAAAACCCAAGAAGCCGAAUCCCUCUCAAAUUUCUUCUAAAAAGUAUUUUAUCAUUUGAUUAUAUGUUAAAUUGUUGUAUAGUUGAUCCUCUACUUUGAGAUAGAAUAGGGUCUCAAUCAGCUUGGACUUUUGGAAAGAAAAGGCAAAGGAAAAUAUGAAUUCAUAUCAGAAAAAGGCGACAUUCAGCCAGAUCACCUAUACUAUCUUUACUUCAAAGAAAAACCAGAUAAGAUAUCUCCUUCACAUAAUUUGGAAGAAGAAACUAAAAAGUUAGUACUCGAAUAGUCCCACAACCAACUCUGGUUCAUUGUCUAGAAGAUAUAACAACAGCUAUAGCCAGUUUCAGGGUGUUAGUCUUUCUUCAUGUAAGAUUGUUUGCCACCCUUAUCAUGUUAUCUAGCUUAAAUUGAGAAGGUUAAAAGACCAAAGGAUGAAAAGAAGAUCCUAAUUUGUCCUUUUGAAAAAUGUUUAAAGGAGUUUUCAGAAACAGGAAAUUUGAAAACUCAUAUGAGAACCCAUACUGGUGAGAGACCGUUUGUAUGCUAGUAAUGCGGUCAAUAGUUUAUAACAAAAGGCCACCUUCAAGCUCAUGAACUAACUCAUACUGGUGAAAAACCUUUCAACUGCAAUUUCUAGGGCUGUAACAAAAGAUACUCUAGAGCUGGUCGUCUAAAAAUUCAUUAACGCCUUCAUACCGGUGAAAGACCCUUUGUUUGUCAGAUGGAAGGAUGUGAGAAAGCGUUCAGAGAGAAAGGCAAUUUACUCACCCACAUGCGAAUUCAUAAUGGUUAGAAGCCCUUCAGAUGUGAUUUUGCGGAUUGCGACAUGAUGUUUACAACACAAGGACAUUUAACCGAUCAUAAAAGGAGACACUCAGGAGAGCGUCCUUAUAUCUGUGAGGUGUGUAACGAUAAAUUCAUGAGAUCAAGUACCUUGAAGAUUCAUAUGAGAAGACACACAGGGGAGAAGCCUUACAAGUGUGAUAAGUGUGACCGUGCAUUUUCAGAGAGUGGGAAUUUAAGAACCCAUCUUAAAACUCAUGAGGAUGAACGUUUUGACUGUUUUAGUCCACUUGGAAAGAGAAUGAAGAGGGAAAGCAAGUUCUCUACUCCCAGGAGUGGUUUUUCAUCCAAGAAAAGGACUCUGAAGGCUAUCUCUAAAAACAACAUGCACGAGAAUAACUUUUCUGAGGAGCCUUACUCACCUGAUUCAAUAAAACCGAUGCCUUAACUUCAGUUAGACUUUAAAGCUAACCAUAACAGUCAUAACCACAACAACAAUAACAUUCAAUUAAGAAAAGGAAGCGGUCAGAUAAAUAGUUCUUAAAAUUAGGGAUAGAUGAUUUAGAGAUAAAAUCAUCCUGCCUAAUCCCCAAUGAAAGAAGAAGACAUUAAAAUUCCUCUUGUAAAACAAGAUAACGCUAUGCCUAAUGAAAACUAUGGAAAUUUUCUAAUAAACCUAAAUGAACCAUAAAGCGUCACUUAAUCCUACAUCUAAUAGUAACCAUCAUAACAAGGCCUCUUAUUGAAUCCUUUUUCUCCAUCAUCAAUCUUAAAUCAAAACUAGUUAAGUCAGUUUUCAUCUCCUAGAUUCAACCAAUACCAUUAGUAGCAUCAACAUCUGUUGACUCUAAACACACCAACUGAUACCAAUACAAUGAGAAUAAAUGCUAGAAAGAUCUAAAAUUAGUAACCGAUGCAAUAAUUUUAAGAUAUUAAGAAAAUGUAAUAAAAUCAAUAGUACAUUUAACAGGUAAAUUCAAAUAAAUUCUCACCUCUGGGUGGUUAGCUUAGCUACCUUGAUUCACCUGAUAUGAAUUAGCAUCAUCACGGUAUUAUCGUAAACAGCUAAGUAUAGAAUGCUAAAUUAAUGACAGAUAUGUCACCCUUAUACAGAAAAAAUGACGGCCAAGUUUUGAAACUAGGAAAUACUUCUAAUGUGAGUCAAAUCAUUUAGAGUUAGCCUCAAUAUUAGAUUAUUAGCUAAGCUCCAUAAAUACAGGCUUAGCCUUAGAUAUAAAUUAUUAGUAGUAGCGUACAAGGAUAGUAAUCUACUACAAAUUAAGAGGAAGAAGCUUAAUCUUUCAGUAGUCUCGCUAAGUUUUGGUAAAAUAGAGGAGGUUCUCAAUCUCCUUGUGUGUCUUAAGAUGCAAGUCCUCUUUUAAGGAAGCCAUCUAUGACACCUCGUAAUGGCAACGAGUGGCAAUAAAACUAUUCUAAUAUGUAAGGAUCAAGCCUCAAACUAAAUAAUUAAAUCUUUAAUCCAUCAGAAAAUUCAGCAUUUAAAAGAGGGUUAUCUCCUAAAGUGAUGAUUGAUCAAAAUGGUCAUCCAGUAAUUCAUAACUUCAACUCUCCAAGUAACACUCCUAAACUGAUUUCUGCAUAAGAGAUGAAUAGACAAAUGCAAAUUAGAAAGAAUUCAUCAUUUUCUAGUUUCUAAUAGCCACAGUAACCUAUGCACAUUAUAGCAGCACAAUAAAGUCAUAUGCUAAGACCCCCCAGUAUAUUAACCCUUAAUUAAUAGCAAUAAAUGUUAAGAGGAAGCCUUUCACCUAAUAAUUUUGAGGACAUGCAGAGUCCAGGUAUUCUCCCUAAACACCAGCAGUUAGGGGCUCAAAAUUAACAACAGUGA